ACGGGGUGCAACACGGAAUUAUUUUGAUGGUGCAAAACUGCGUGUGGUUGUUUGGUUCCUCCUUAUAAAACAACCGGCGUUACUACUUCAAGUUAUGUAGAACAGCGCAGACUGAUCGUAGGUUGAUUUUAAUUAUUUUAUUUCAAGCAAAAUGGAGGAUGUUACACAUGUGUAGAUGUAAUUGCAAGAUAAUCUAAUUGCGAUGAGACUAUAACAACAACAUAUGCAAUUCUGUAAUCUGCUUUGGGUUACAUAUUAUUCAAGGACACGUGGAGCAUGAAUGGAAGCAGCGAAAUAAUUUGAUUUAUCUCUAAACAGUCUGAAAAUAGGUUAGAUCUUUUAUAAUGAGCAGUGUGGUGUACUUGGGAAGCAGCGAGUCCUCGGCAUGUGCCGAGAGGGACGCCUCUGGAUCGUGGCCGGGGAGCCGCGGCGGUUCCGCGCCAAAUACGGGUCGUGUCCCUUGUCCCGGCUCUCUCGAGCCCCGGAAGACCAAGGAGAACCGUGGCGGUGAUUCAUGCCCGCCCUUCCAAAGUGAAGUGGCGCUCCAUCUCCUAACAGACAGGUGGAGUUUGCCUCCUAAAGAGGGCACAGCUCUGAAAGCAUACUGCCAGGCAAAGGUCAGGCGGGUUAAAGCAUCGCCAAACCAGAGUCUACCUGCACGUCACCUGCAAAGGGACCCAGAGCCGUCCGCAGCCCCAGAGGACUGCCUGGUCCCUCGGCACUUUAUAGCUACACUGAAGCUCAAGAGUUUUACAGCACAGCUGAAACAGUUAUCUCAGGUGGAUAUACACACUCCCUCUCACUGCAGAGCUUGUCAGGACCAACAGGCAAAACUAGCAAUUCAUACCUUCAUCAGAACAAAGACAACCCAACUAGAGUCGCAGCUGAUGAAGGAGAAACUGGACCUGCACAUCUAUAAUAAUCUCUGUCAAGAGGUUACGCCAGCACCCCCUGCUGGCAGAUGAGUAUGAAUAGGAUGAUUUGCAUAUUUAUAAUUGUGAUAAUAUGUUUUGGAUUAUUAAUUUAAAAAAAAAAGAGAGAGACAAACAGUAAAACAGGUUUUGGGGUAUUCCAGAAAGCAAGUGCUUAUCGUCACACUUGCCUUUUAAAAGUGUAGGCAGCUAAUUGGCUAUAGAUGUAUUUUAAAUUGGUGAGUGGCUCAGCGGGCUAAAUGUAUGCCGGUGAGUGGAAGGUCUCCGGUUCAGUCUUCGGCAGAAUCGACAUAUGCCUGUGGGCCCCUGAGCAAGGCCCCUAACCCCUAGGGGCCCUGCAUGCUGGCUGACCCUGUGCUGUGACUCCCAGACUAAGGAGAGCGAGAUGGGACAGGUUCAAGAGGCAAAUUCCAUCAUACCAGUGGUUCAAAAAAAUGAUACAUUAUUGAUCCCUGUGGGGAAAUUCUCUUUACUCCUCCCCCAGCUUGCUCUCUGUAGGUGAGAGCAGGCUGGCCGUGAAGGGCAACCACAUGUUGCAGCACUAAGGGAGCUGGGGGUCAAGGACCAGCGGACGUGGCGAAGCUGGGCUCUAACUGGUGACCUUCUGAUCUUCUGAUCUCGCUCACAAACACUUAGUCCACUGAGCCACACACUGCCCCCAUUGUGCUUGUGCAAAUGUAAAAUAAAUGGUGAUUAUAAAUGAUUUCACUUGUAGGUUCUGUUUACAUUAUUUUUUAUAAUGCUUAUUGCUGGUAAAGCAUAACAAGUGAAAUGGCUUGUAGCUGAUUAAUUGUUUUGUCUUAGCAUGUAUAACACAGUCUGAGUGGUUUUUCAUUUACAUGACAAGUAUUUAUGCAUCGUUAUAGUUUAAUAUCUGUGGUUAUAAUUGCUUGAAUCAGAUUUCCUGGAAGUCCUUUACAUAAUCAUCUUAAACCUUUAUUGGUUUC